AUGGGGUCGACCAGCAAUGUCGAAACCUACCAAAAUACAACAGUCAUCACUGAGUUUAUUCUGCGAGGUUUUCCAGGCCUCCCUCCUGAGUAUCAUGGCUCUGUCGGAGCAUUAUUUUUCAUCUUAUACCUUGUUCUUGCAACUGGAAAUAUCUUCAUCAUUGUCUUUGUGAUGAUUGAGAAAAGCAUUCAGAAACCAACCUAUAUAAUCUUCUGUAACCUCGCAAUGGCAGAUCUUGCACUAGGAACAACAACCUACCCAAGAGUCAUUGCAAAAUAUUGGAUGUCUGACAAAAUCAUAUCAUUCAGUGGCUGCUUCACACAGAUGUUUUUUGUCCAUUUUUUAGGGGCUACAAAUUCAUUUCUCCUGGCGCUGAUGGCUCUUGAUCGAUUCAUAGCUAUCUGCAACCCCCUCAGAUAUCACAUCCUGAUUAAAAAUUCGACUAUUCUCAUCAUGUGUGCGUGUGUUUGGACAGGAAACAUGCUGCAGUUAGUUGGAGUCACUCUCUUGUCCCUCAGUGUCAAAUAUUGUGGAUCAAAUGUCAUUCCUCACUGCUACUGUGAUCAUGUCUCUAUAAGUAAACUAGCUUGUGGAGAUGCUACUACCAUGAAAGUCACAAGUACAGCCAUUGCCAUGUUUGUUCUGUGGGGUCCUUUAAGUUUCAUCUUAUUCUCUUAUGUCUCUAUUAUCAUCUCUGUCUCGAAAAUCUCCAAGUCUGAAGGUCGAUAUAAAACAUUCUCCACAUGCACACCACAGCUACUGAUCAUAUGUCUGUAUUAUCUACCCAGAACGUUUGUGUAUAUAACAAACGUUUCUGGUUAUGAACUUAGCACUGAUACUCGCAUGGUGGUUUCAAUGAUGUACAGUCUUAUUCCUGCUGUUAUUAAUCCUUUUAUAUAUUGCUUCAGGACUAGAGAGAUCAAAGAAGCUAUAUUAAAAAGAUUUAAGAAGAAACAGGUUGGAGUCGAUAGAAAAAUAAGUCUUGGUUAA